AUGGUACUCAAAAAUGGCACGGGCAUAGCUAUUAAUACGGCAUUGCCUUCGAUUAACGAUGCGCUUCUCCGUUCGAAUGGAGUGGCAGUAUUGACUGGAAAUCCCAUUGUUGCGACUCCCCAGUUCUUUGACGAUGCCCUCUGGCAAUUGGCGGGCUUCACGCCACUUGCGUUAAAGCUAAUCGAGCGGGCUUCUUCGGCCGACACGCUAGUACGUGCUAUUGAGAUGGUCUUCCUGUGUAUCAAUUCGAGUUGGCGAAAUAGCGAGGCUAUGGAGAAGGACGGGGGGUAUGCAAUCUUAGGAAUUUUAUUAAAAGCCAAGCUCGGGUUCGGCGGACCUGGAAGCGAGGGGUUGACUGAGAAGCUUGCGAUUUCGAAUAUCGAAAAGGACAAAUUAUGCGUCCAGAUCCUCAGCCUUGUACUGGAAUUUGUCGGUUAUAAACACCGCGAUCCUCUUGAAUCAGUGAUCAUAAAUCCCUUAGCAUAUCGCAUUCUCCUAGUCGAUUUUGAUGGUUGGAGAAAAUGCGGCCCUCUUGUUCAAGAGCUGUAUUAUAAACAGUUCGUGAGUUUCGCUGUGAUGAGCAAGUAUCAUCAAUACAACAACCGCAGGCUGCUUCGAAUGCGAAUUGUGAAAAGGCUCCUCGAUGCCAUUAAGUCGGAGCCUCUGCUGGAGGCUGUACUCCCCUAUUUCAUAAGCGCUAUCAAAAGCCUCAUCAAAUGCAACUAUAACACUGAGGUCCACCAAUCACUCGCUCUAUUCAUUACUUAUGCGUUUCAUCCCACUUCGAGAUCCCUUCCACGCACUCCAAAAGCAGCAAAUCGUCGACCCUCUCAUAAUGUUCCAUUACGACCGCUGGUCCCUGUAAACGGAGCGGGCGGGAAUGAUGUGCGGUUGCUCACGAAGAGAGAGGUCGGCAUACGUCUCCUAGAUAUGUAUAGCCAACUACUAUGCGAAAAGGGGAACUUGGCAAUUAUUCGGAAGUUCGCUAAGACAGUGACAAACAAGGUACUUGACGCAUGGCCAUUGCAAAAAAAUUCCAAGCUGAUGAUGGUCCAGUGGCUUUUGUAUCUUCUCACAGAAAACGACCCGGAAAUCGUAACGUACGGCUGCAAGAUACUUGCUAGACUUUUAGUCACCCACGGGACGGCCUAUAUUAACAAGUUUUCGGGGAAGACUGGGGGCUUCUGUAUUAUGGCUCACCGUCUUAAGCGGUGGUGGGAUAUUGCAACUCUAUGGCCCAUUUGCUUCAGUAUCCUCUUUGGAUAUGACGUCGCAGAAAUAGACUUCGAGAAGAAUUUCGAUUUUUUCAGUUUAUUAGAAACGUUUGGGAAAUGCAAAAUCGCCAAUCCAGAUGCGUUGUCAAUCAUCACGGCCAUGAUCCAGCAUGCACUAAAAGAUAUUCUUAAAGCCCAGGAGGAUCCGGCUUCGCCUCCACCUGAUUUAAACAUGGCCAUAACUAAACACGAAAGUGUAGGGACAAGACUACGAGCGCGAUCAAUGUCACUUCAAAAGGAGCUGGAAUCACGAGAAACAAUUGAACCGCGAGCUGAACGUAACGCCGGGAACGCUGCGGUACUCCAGACUGUCAUUCGGUUCAUGGCAGAUCUACAUACUCGAUCGGCAGAUUUCCGAGAUUUUGCACUAUCCUCGGACUACGUGAGGCUGCUUCUGUCUGCCCUAUACCCGGCUAUCGUAAGCACGGACCCGGUCAAUCCAGAGAUAGAACUUAACUCCAGAGACUCAACACUCACUUUCGAGGGCGGCGAUGUCAUCAUUCGCCCGAUCGGUGGGACAGCAAGUACUGCACCCGUAAUUAGAACAUCUAGCGCGACCGAUACGUCGCUACCUGCUAGUAGAAUUACUCAUGCUCAUCGGGGAAGUCAAUUACGGAAGGCCUCAUCUUUCAUACUUCUCACAUCCCAGAAGUCUACCCAAUCCAGUCCAGCUCGCCUGGUUCAUGUCAUGUCUCCGAAGAAGAAAGUUGCCGAUCAAAAUAUCGGUCAUGGGUUAGUCGAGGGUCUCCUCGAGCUUGUUAUCAACGUCUUCGUAGACCAACUUUUAGUACGAAAGGAAUUUCCGGGGUUCGGCUUAUUCCUUAAAGUACCUCCUGGAUUCCAAGAACACCAAGCAUACUUCGAGUCCUACGUAUUGAAAAGCACAAUCGUCCAUAUAUCAACGGCGAUCAAGCUUAACUGGAAAGCUCUAAGCGAGCCGAAAGUGCUCACCAACAUGGCUAGGUUCAGUCUCCACAUGGUUGAAGCAAUAUUCGAAGGGUGGUUUAUGAACGGUACCGAAUCAAUGUUAAACUUUGCGGGACUCUUGUUGGAAUAUCUCCAGAAGCCAGACGUCGCAAAAAUGAAAACCGUAAGAUUAUGCAGCCAAGCAGUGACGACUAUUCGAGGCUCGUUUCUUAAAUUAGUCUUACUUAGACUCUCGGAAAUGGACGAUCCACAAACCACCGAGAUGGAGGCAAAUUUUUCAAUGGAAAAGAUACUCUACUGGCAAAUGGUUGUAUUAGAGUCUUUAUCGCCCGAUGAUGACUAUAUGAAGUUCUUCUGGUAUCAGCUCUAUACUAAGUUAGUGGAUACGAGGCGAGCCGUACGACUCGCUGCUGUCAAUCUCUGGCGCAUCAUGCUCGUACAGAAACCCAACGAAUGCACGUCGCUGUUUCGAUUAUCCAUGACAUCCGCCUCGGACCAGUCCCAGCUUGCAGCAGAUUUCCAGAAACUUACCGAACUUGAUACAGACGCAUUCAUCGACUGGGUUGAUGAACAUCGGCCUUCACUCGAUGCGUUAUUUCUGGGGGGUCUCUCGCGAGCCUGGGAAGAAUUCGUCAAUAUGGAAAACCAGCGUACGGCAGAGACAGCUAAAUCACGAUUGACAAAACGAAAAGAGACUCUGAAACGAUGGCAUUCGGAGAUGGUCGAACGGGACAAUAUCCUACUACGUCAUGACAUGGCCAAUUCCGCGUGGAUGAAGUCUAUCUACGCGUCUGAGCAUUUCAAACACCAGCGUCUUAUGCAGGACCAGCAGGAUGAUGUCAUAUUCUUUUCGUCCUCGUUUGCCCGGAUGCAAAAGGACCUUAACCGACCAGGAGCUGUAUUAUACGAUCCUAAGCCUAUUAAGUGGAAACUUGAUAGGACAGAAGGCCGGAAUCGUAUGCGCCUCCGGCUUCUACCAGACCUGUCUACCGAUCACGACCAGUACCAGCCCAAACGUAAAACGAUAGAUCAACUAGCAAAUUCCACUUCCAAAGGAGAGUCAGUUGAUCCUCCUGUUGCGAUUCCUGCGUCAAGAAAGCCUGCACCUCCAUCUAUACCCCAAGGGCAGAUAAGCAGCCAGGAUGAGGUCGCUGAAGAUGAUGCUGAUGAUGCCCCGGCCGGUACUCAGGGUGAAGCAAAACCUGGGCAGACAGCUAUCCCCGAGGAUGACUUCGAGAUGAUAGACGACCCGAACGAUCCUAACGAUGUCGACGACGGGUUCGAAGACAAGAAUAGGAGAGUGAUGAGACGCCUACAGCAGGGCGACACGGUCCAACAAGUUUACAAUGUCUCCCGCGUCAUUGGUCUUGAAGCAUUUGAGGGUAUUCUUUUAGUUGGAAAGAACGCCCUUUAUUUGAUGGACAGUUUCUUCCAGUGUGCGGAUGGAGAGAUAGUAAACGUUUGGGAGGCACCCGUAGAAGAGCGUGACCCUUUCUCUCAGAUUAUAACUGGUGCGAAGUCUAGUGAAAACCGUCAGGCUAUAAGCCGCGCUUCCCAAGACUCCCGCAGUUGGAAGUGGCACGAUGUUAUAAGUAUAUCGAAGCGCCGGUUCUUGUUCCGAGAUGUGGCUAUUGAAGUCUUCUUUACCGACGGCCGUAGUUAUCUUUUGACUGCGAUGAAUCCGGCGAUGAGAGACGAAAUAUUUUCUAAGCUUGCUAACAAGACUCCGCACACCGCAGGAGCUAACUCAUUGCCCAAUCCAGAGGAUGCCUGGCGUCUAGAGUCGCUCAAAGUCUUCGAAGAGUCUCCUCAAUCGUUUGGAUCAAAAUUCGGCAGCAUCUUCAACUCUUCUCCCUGGAAUCCUCUCAUGCGACGAUGGCAACGAGGCGAGAUAUCUAACUUCCAUUACCUAAUGCUCGUGAAUACAAUGGCAGGCCGGACAUUUAAUGACUUAACCCAAUAUCCAGUUUUCCCCUGGGUCCUAGCAGACUACACGAGUGAAGAAUUAGACUUAAACAAUCCCGCCACGUUCCGAGAUCUGUCGAAGCCUAUGGGUGCGCAGACCGCACGACGUCAGCUUGACUAUCAGACCAGAUACACCAGUCUAGCUGAGAUUGGCGAGACGCCUUUUCACUAUGGCACGCACUACUCGUCUGCCAUGAUUGUUGCAUCGUAUUUAAUUCGGUUGCCUCCGUUUGUGCAAUCCUUCAUCCUUCUUCAAGGUGGCUCGUUUGACCAUGCAGAUCGACUUUUCUUCUCGAUCGAAGGGUCGUGGAAAUCCGCAUCGCAGGAUAACGGAUCCGAUGUCCGAGAGCUAAUACCAGAAUUCUUCUACCUUCCAGACUUUUUAACGAACGUAAAUGGGUAUAACUUUGGCGACCGUCAAGGUUCUGGUGGCCGAGUCAAUCACGUUGAGUUACCUCCAUGGGCCAAAGGUGAUCCGAAGAUGUUCGUUGCGAAACAUCGUGAGGCAUUGGAGAGUCCUUACGUGAGCCAAAACCUUCAUCUGUGGAUCGACCUAGUAUUCGGUCAUAAGCAACGUGGCGAAGCAGCUGUAGAAAACUUGAAUGUGUUCCAUUAUCUUUCGUACUAUGGUGCCAAAGAUCUUGACAACAUUACGGACUCAAACGAACGACAUGCUACAACAAGCAUUAUCCAUAAUUUCGGACAAACACCACAUCAAGUCUUCACCAAGCCCCAUCCGCCGCGAGAGAGCGUCUCAUUUCCAGUGAAGAGACUAGAUACGGCCAGCCAUUCUCUUGCCAGGAUACCUCACCCGCUUCUCGAAAGUCGCGAGCGGGUCGCAUCCCUAGUGUAUUCGCCCAAACUGGAUCGGCUCCUAUGCUCCUCCCCCUUCCGCCUUAACCUCCCCCCUUUCUUUGACAAAUAUCUCGAAUGGGGAUUUGCGGAUAACAGUGUGCGUUUCUAUCACACUGAGAAUCGGAAGAGUGCGGGCGUCAGCGAAAACUUGCACACAGGCCAAGUAUCAUGUAUCAUCGUCGCCGAUUCGAAGACGCUGAUCACUGCCGGUGAGGAUUGCGUCGUGUCCGUGUUCACCAUACAGACCACCUCAGGUAAGGCCGUGGAGCUCAUGCAUCGUUCUUCGCUAUUCGGGCACAAGACCCCAGUCACGACGAUCGCGGUGUCAAAGGCUUUUAGCACGCUGGUCACGGUUUCCGGAGACGGACACGCGUUUCUCUGGGAUAUGAAUCGUCUCGAGUUUGUGCGAAAGCUGUCAAGCGCUCGAGCUGUCGAAUGUGCUCGCAUCAACGACGUAUCUGGGGAGAUAAUGCUAUGCUCAGGUCCGAACGUGACAUUAUACACAAUCAAUGGCGACUUGAUACUCGACCAGAACGUAUGUUCCGAGCCUGAUGACUACGUAUAUUCUUGUUCCUUCUACGAAGGGUCAGGGAACGAGUGGCUAGAGAAUUAUCUCAUCUUUACGGGGCACAGGAGAGGUAGGGUAAAUAUCUGGAAACGGAUCAUCAAGGGUGGCAAGUGGGGGUUGGAGUUGGUAAGACGGCUAGACCACAUCGACACGCGCAGCGAGACGGGGACAAAUACGGAGGCGGCGAUUACUUGCAUCACCCCGAUGCCGCAGCUGGUGUAUACCGGAGACGACGAUGGACGAGUCUACGAAUGGAAUCUCAUCCAAAGGGAAAGAUAG